AUGAUGACCACUCAUCAUCUACAGAAGACUUGGCUUGCAUGUGUGAGGUGCCUGGGUUUGGCGCCCAAUAUCAACACAAUACAAAAGGUGGUCAUGGCAUUAGGCGAUUACAUGGGUGCUUCCUGCCAUGCCUGCAUCGGCGGUACCAACGUGCGUGCAGAGGUGCAGAAGCUGCAGAUGGAAGCUCCUCACAUCAUUGUGGGCACUCUAGGCCGCGUGUUUGACAUGCUGAACCGCAGAUACCUGUCUCCCAAAUACAUCAAGAUGUUUGUACUGGAUGAAGCUGAUGAAAUGUUGAGUCGCGGAUUCAAGGACCAGAUCUAUGAUAUAUUUCAGAAGCUCAAUAGCAACACCCAGGUGGUCUUGCUGUCUGCCACGAUGCCUUCUGAUGUGCUCGAGGUGACCAAAAAGUUCAUGAGGGACCCGAUUCGGAUUCUAGUCAAGAAGGAAGAACUGACCUUGGAGGGCACCCGCCAGUUCUACAUCAACGUGGAGCGAGAGGAGUGGAAGCUGGACACGCUGUGCGACUUGUAUGAAACCCUGACCAUCACCCAAGCCGUCAUCUUCAUCAACACUCGAAGGAAGGUCGAUUGGCUCACCGAGAAGAUGCAUGCCCGGGAUUUCACCGUGUCUGCCAUGCAUGGAGAUAUGGACCAAAAGGAACGAGAUGUAAUCAUGAGGGAGUUUCGCUCCGGUUCCAGUCGAGUAUUGAUUACCACUGACCUGCUGGCCAGAGGCAUCGAUGUACAGCAGGUUUCUUUAGUCAUCAACUAUGACCUUCCCACUAACAGGGAAAACUAUAUUCACAGAAUCAGUCGCGGUGGCCGUUUUGGGCGUAAGGGUGUGGCCAUAAACAUGGUGACGGAAGAAGACAAGAGAACUCUUCGCGAUAUCGAGACCUUCUACAAUACCUCCAUCGAGGAGAUGCCUCUCAAUGUUGCCGACCUCAUCUGAGAGGGCUGUCCUGCUGCCAGCCUGCC